AUGAUCGCGCGAUCACAUUACCCUAAAAAGAAAUCGUUGAGAAAAGGUUUUAGGAGUCUCCUACCUGGACCUCUGCAGAAACGUGUGAAGCAGAAGGAGAAGGGAAAGUCACGUCCCCAAGCAUCCGUAUCAUCGGCAUCGGCAUCGGCAGCAAAGCCUUCGGCAUCCUCCCAAGUACAAGGACUCAAAGCCUUGGCUUCAGAAACAUAUCUGUUACCAGAAGCACCGAACCCUCUUUUAGAGAGCAACAUCGAAAGCCCCGUGGUUCAGAAGCAGAUCUUCAUCGCAACAAACAACAGCAACAUCGACGAGUCCAACAUCACUUCCGUCGACCCUCAGGGUCAAGCUCAGACACGAACCCUUUAUCCUUUGGAAUACAACACUCUCGUUACCUCAGCGCUUUAUUCUGGGUCAUAUUCGUUACCAAUAUCAGGACAGGACAUCCAGUAUACUGCUCCCAGUUUUACCUCCUCUAUCACCCAAGCAUCAGACUUGGACUUUGAUAUCAAUGACAGCUUUCCCCUACAAGAGUCAAGCCAGACACAAUUUGGUGCUCCCUCUAUCCAGAGCCCUCUAGUAUCAGACUACAGCCAAGACUUUGGUGUCCCCUCCGGCCCUUCUUGGCCUUCAAACAUGGGACAAGACGUUCAGCAAGGAUUACCGCCAUCUGCUCCCCAUGUCCCCCCCUCCUCUUCUUCUGCUGGACAGGAGUUGAGCCUGGUCAAAUUCACUUUUGAUGGCGGUUAUUCGACCUACCAAGUGGUCGAAUUCGACUGCAGGUGGGACUUCAACUUCAUAGCCCAGAGUUCUGUUGAAAUUCUACAACGCUCAUAUCCUAUGCAAGUUAUGAGUGUCCCACCAGGAAUCGGCAGAAAGACGCAAUGUCCCAAUGGUGGAUUAAUCAAUAUCGAACGGAUCUUGUACGCCGGGAUCGAGUUCGAGUCUCAUCGCCUCCCAUUUCCUCCUGUUCGAGUAUACUUUGUCGUAUACGAUGACUUCGGGGGCGAGGAUGGAGUUCAUAUGACCUUGGGCCGGGAUUGGGUCAAUAAAAUCGAACAGGCCUGUCUACAGAUUGGCUACCAAGGUCAACUAUAG